AUGUUGCUUUUGCGUGACACUUCCGGAACUAAUACUACCAACAUCAAUGAUGUGUAUGUGUCUGAAAACUCCUCUCCCUCAAGUUCCUUUGAACUCUAUGCCAAACAAAGAGACAACGUCUUCGUCCAAACACUCACCGCGGUGUCUGCCUAUACCACGAUGCAUCAAGACAUAUGCAGCAUGGCGGAGGAGAAUCGUGUUGCCCUUAUAAUCAUCCCAUUCCACCAGCAAUAUUCUACAACUAUGGAUGGAGGAGGACCACUGCAAGAAUCAAAUAACUCGCAUUUGAAGAGCCUCAACAACAACUUGAUUGCAAAUGCACGGUGCUCUGUAGGUGUCUUUGUGGAUCGUGGCCUCGGUAAAUCCACCUACUCCAACUGUCGUCACCACUUUGCCAUGUUGUUCAUAGGUGGCGUAGAUGAUCGCGAGGCAUUAGCGUAUGCGGCGAGAAUGGCUGGUCAUCCUCACGUUAGGCUAACCGUGAUACGGUUUAACCUUAAACCAAAUAAAGAGGGAGCAGAAGUGAAUGUUGGUAUUUUGGAGGCAAUGGAAAAUUUAGGGAGGCAAAAGACACUUGAUGACUUGUGCAUGGAUGAGUUUAGGUUGAGGUCAAUGACCGAUACCUCCAUAGAAUUAUUAGAGAAGCUGGUGAUAAGUUGGGAACAAACCCUUACAGAAAUAAACGACAUGGAAGGUGACUAUGAUAUGGUCAUGGUGGGAAGAAGGCAUGAAAGCAUGUCAAACGACACCGCCACAAUGUUUCUAGAUUCUAGCAACGACUCUAAUGAGAUAGGAGUUGUUGGAAAUGAAUUGGUAUCGUCAGCCUCUUUGGCUACUACAUCCAUUCUUAUAGUACAACAAGGUGGAGAUUCAAAUUAUGCUUGA